AUGUCUCGCGAGGGCUACCAAAUUCCCACCGGCAGCUCCGGCGCUCCAGGCGCUGGAAACUCGGCCGUCGCCAGCCGUGCCAUCGAGACCGAGGGUCUUCCCAUGCUCUAUAUCUGCGGCGACUGCGGUACCAAGUUCCCUCUGAAGCGAGGAGACACGAUUCGUUGCAUUGAGUGCGGUUGCCGUGUGCUCUACAAGGAGAGAACCAAGAGAAUGGUUCAGUUCGAGGCGCGGUAG